GUGCCGCCCGGCGCGGAGCGGAGCCCGGCGAGAGCCCGGCGGGGCCGGCCGAGGAUGGGCACGGAGCCCCGGCGGCAGCCGCCCCGCAGAUUCAGGAGAUGAGUUAAAAUGCAGCACACCACGUGCACAGAGGACAGGAUCUACCACGCGCUGGAGAGGUGUCUCCACGGGCUCAGCAGGGAUGCUGUGUCCAGCAGAUGGGCUGCCGGGCUGUGCCUGAACUGCUGGAGCCUGCAGGAGCUGGUGAGCCGGGACGCUGGUAACUACCUCAUCCUGGUGGAGAAGAUCCUGGGCAAGACCAAAGAGGUGCAGGACAGGUGUGACUACGACCUGGUGAUGCCCCUAGCCCUGCUCUUCUACUCGGCCGUGCUCUAUGCUCCGCACUUCCCACCCGGCUCUGAGCUGCUCCUGAAAGCUGCCAGCAUCUACCACAGCUUCCUGACGUGGCCCGUGCCCUACUGUGACACCUUCCGGGAGCUGCUCACCUUCAUCAGCAACGAGCUCAAGGCGCCAGGAAUCACUUUCCAGAGGCUGGUGAGGACAGAACAGGGGUUGCCUGUGAAGAACUACCAGAGCUCCACGGUGACGGUGCUGCUGCUGAACCGCUCGGAGGUGCAGAGUGAGUUCCUGGCCAUCGCCGAGAAGCUGAGCUCCAGCGAGCCCCCCCAGCACUCCACGCUGCUGCUGCUCCUCCAGCACCUCUACCAGGCCAACUUCGGCACCCGCUGCGACCUGCACAGGCUGCACCACCUGCUCAAGUCCAAGCCCCUGGAGGAGCUCUCGGAGCUCUACGCCAGCGCUGCCGAUGCGCAGGAGGCGGCGGCCGCCAGCAGUGACCCCGCCCUGGCCCGGGAGCGGCUCCAGGCCGUGCUGCGCGACAUCGCCGGGGCCGCCUCCUUCUCUGCCGUCACAGGCGAGGCCCAGCCCCACAAGCUGCAGCCCAUUGCUAUCCCCCCUGCUCGCUGCUACACCUACAGCUGGGACCAGGACAACUUCGACAUCCUCAACGAUGUCCUCAGCAAGGAGUGCAGCAUUGCUGAGCCCCUGGCCUCGGAGAACGAGGAGGAGGAUGAGGAGGAAGAGGAGGAUGUGGAGACCGACGGCGGCUCCCCUGAGCAGGAUUCGCUGCUGUCCCCGCUCUGUGCCAUCUCCAGUGACUCUGUGUACUCCGUGCUGUCCGAGGAGGGCUCCAAGCCCUCGCGAGUGUCCCUCUUCACCUCCUCCAAGGAAUCCAUCUCGGAGCUGACGGUGGUCUCCAGGAAGUCCCUGAAGUCGUUCGUGUCCAGCCUGAAGGACUGCAUGGACAGCGGCUACGCCGAGGACAGCGACGAGAGCUCUCUGGACACGGCGGGCAGGACGGAGCCGAGGGCGGACCGGCCGCCCCCCCGGCACCGGCAGUCGCUGACCAACAGGCUCUACAAGCUGUUCAAGAGCAAGAGCCAGCAGCUGGUGCAGCGCCGGGAGCUGCGGGACUGCCCGGGGCCGUGCUCGCUGCCGCUGCGGCGCGCCGAGAGCCUGUGCGCGUCCCCGGCGCAGCCGCGCGUCCCCGCGCGCUCCCGCCGCGCGCUCUCGCUGCCGCAGCACGGCCCGGGCCAGCGCGGGCCCGUGCCGCUCGCCCCCCGGCCCCUCGGGCUCCCCCGCCGCCCCUUCCUCAGCUACGACGAGGACGCCAAGGCGGGCACGCUGCGCGUGGUGGUGUUCGGCUCGGACCGCAUCUCGGGCAAGGUGGCCCGCGCCUACAGCGACCUCAGGCUCAAGGAGAGCUCCUGCCCCUCACUGACACGGUACUUCAGGCUGCAGUUUUUCUACGUCCCCGUGAAGAGGAGCUGCGUGGCUCCAUCGACCCCGCAGAUGCAUCAUCACCCCUCGCCAUCCCCGGGGGAGCCCUCGUCCCGGGCACAGGACCCCUCCCUGUCUGGGAUGGAGAGCAGCACCAACGACAUCUCGCACUACAUCGGCCUGCUGGACCCCUGGUACGAGCGCAACGUCCUGGGGCUGAUGAACCUGCCCAUGGACGUCCUGUGCCAGUGUGCCAAGCCCGAGGCUGAGCCGCAGGAGGACUCGCAGGAGCAGCUGCCCAUCCUGGCAGACAUGAUCCUCUACUACUGCCGCUUCGCCACGCGCCCCGUGCUGCUGCAGCUCUACCAGACUGAGCUCACCUUCAUCGGGGGGGAGAAGAGGACCGAGGUCUUCAUCCACUCCCUGGAGCUGGGACACUCAGCAGCCACAAGGGCCAUCAAGGCCUCAGGUCCAGGAAGCAAAAGGCUGGGAAUAGAUGGAGACAGGGAAGCAAUCCCACUGACACUACAGAUUGCAUACAGCAAGACAGCUGCCAGUGGCAGGAGUCACUGGAAUGACGUGGAGAAGGUCUGCACAUCCAUCAACCUCAGCAAGGCCUGCAGGAAGCACGAGGAGCUCGCCUCGAAGACAGAGUGCCUCAACUUAACCAUGACCGAGGUGGUCAAGAGGCAGAACUCCAAAUCCAAGAAAAGUUUUAAUCAGCAGAUCAGCGUGUCCCAGAUCAAAGUGGACAAGGUGCAGAUCAUCGGGGUCCAGUCCUCCUUUGCCGUGUGCCUGGACCAGGAUGAGCAGAAGAUCCUGCAGAGUGUGAUCAGGUGUGAGAUCUCCGUGUGCUACAAGCCCCGGGACAGUGACCCCCUGGCCCCACGGGGGUCCCCUGUGCCUGCCCAGGACCCCUCUGAGUUCCACUCCCUGCUGUGUUUGCCCAUUGCCACCUUCAGCGGGGCGCUGCCAUAGAGGAGCCCUGUCCCUCCAGACCUCGUGCCACGCCCAUUCAGGCUCAGGAGAGGGAAGAGGACACUGAGCUCCUGCAUCCAGAGUGGCACUGGUGUCAUGUGCUGGCUGAGCUGCUCCUGCUCCAGGCUCACCCCUCCUUGGGGAACGGGAUCGUUGUGCUCUGCUGUCUCUGGGCGUCCCUCAGCAAGGGGAGGAAGGUGGUUCCUGGAUAUCUCUCUGUGGAUCAGCAGAUGCCAGCACCUGGGUGGGAGAGCAGGGUGAGGACAGGGAUAUUCCCUGCCAGAAAAUGGUGCAAGUGGGAUGUGGGGGAAGGGUGAGUUGCUGGGGGGAUUUUUGGGAAAAGGAAUGUCUUUGGUUCAGUGGUGUCAGGUGGCCAUCAGUGCAUGGGAAUUACAGAUCCCAUUGGAUUGGUGAAAUGCCAACCCAUGUCCUGGUGCUGUUUCACCUGUGACAUGUUGAGGAUGCUCAGGACAGUUUUUUAGGAUGGGGACAGGUUUCUCAAGGUUUCCCUUCCCUUCUGGAGGUCAGGUGUCUUGCAGAGAAGCAGAGAAGGGAUCCUGCAGCGUGGAUUGGGUGUGUCCCAGGGAACUGAGUGCAAUAGGCCAUCCCAGGGCAAGCCCAGCAGGUGGUGGAUCCAUGUAUUUCCUGUACAUCCAGGAGAGGAAUUCCCAAUUCCUGCAGGAUUCCGGCACUGUGUGCCAGAUCCAGCCCAGGGCUGAACCCUCAGUAGUUGUUGGAAAUCAGUCAGGACUCCCAGCAGGGAGGGAAGUACUGGGGGAAGUACAAGGAUUGCCUUAGGCCCACCUGCAGAGUGCUGUUGGCUGGAGAAGGACACAGCACCAAACCCACCGAGUGACCCCUGCAAGUGACAGCAGCAUUUGAGAUCCUCCUCUCCCCCCUCCAGACAUUCCAACCUCUUCCUCCUCUCUGCAAGGCCAUAGGUACAGAAAGGUGCAAUAUUUGAAAAUGUUUAGGGGUUAUCUGACCCUGUGAGCAAAGAAAUAAGACUGGAAAAGCCUCAGGCUGUUUCUGGGUGUGUUUUGGGGAUUGUAUGGGUGCUAGCAGCACAACAGCUCGCUGCCUGCUGCAGGCUCAAAGGAGCUUGAUCCCAAGGUUCUGUGUUCCCUGGGUUUGUCUGGAAGGGACCCCUGGCACUGCUGGGGGCUGCAGGGCUCAGCCACAGUGGGGUCAGUCCAUGGAAACAGGACCUGGUGUGCUCAGCACUGUCCCCAAGCCUGGUGGUAGAGCAGCAGUGUCACUUGAGGUUCAAUCUGCCAGGGAAAGGACCACAGCUCCUGGGGGCUUCAAGUGUCUCAGAGGAGUGGGGGUCAGGUUUGUCUGCAGGAUUCCCCCCAUCCCUGCUGGAAGUGUUGGGGGGUCCCUCCUGUGCCCCUGACUGUUCUCCUGCCACUGCUGGACACAUUCUGCUCCCACUGUCCCAGUGCUGGGGACAGCUUGGCUGGGCCCAGGGCUGAGCACCGUGUUCCCCAAGGUGUCCUCUGGUGCCCUGGGCAGCUCUGGGUGCAGCUCCUGGGCCAGGGAUGAGGAACCCCGAGAUGUGCCUGCACUCCUGAGGCCUCUGCACUUCCCCCUGCUGCUUGAAUCCCCCACCCCAGGCUGGUGCUGCCAUGGGGAUCCAAGGAAAGCCCCUUGGGGGUGAAGCCUCCCUUAGGCACGAGCAGGAGCCCCGGGCCCACCCCAGAGCAGAGCCAGGCUGGUCUCCAGCAAGGAUCCCCUUCCCUGGCCUUACAGCAGCUCCAGGAGCACACAGCUCAUCCAAGUGCCUGGAGCAGUGUCCGUCCUUGGCAGGGACCCCUGGCAGGGCUGGGCCCUGCUGGGCUGUCCCCUCCUCACAUCCAUCUGAUACUGCAUCACUGUUUCAAGCCCAAUAGGCAUGAGGGAUCAGAAUCAGAUUUUAGUGACUCUUCCCAUGCAUUUGGGAAGGGUUUUCUCACUGACUUUUCUUUCCUCAAACAGGUUUGGGGUAUGUUCUCUCCAAUGGGGCUGGGAUUUGGCAAGUGGUUGUUUUUGUUCAGGGCUUUAAAAUAGCACCUUACCUUGUCAAACGCUGCUCUUUGGGAUCUUGGUAUCUGUGGCUAAAUCCAUGCCAGGACGAAAAUCCCUCUGGGUUCACUUGGCCCUACAGCAAUCCUGGAGAAGAGAAUUUCCAUCCCAUGAAGAAAACCAAGCACAAACUCCAGGGACUCAUAAUCCUGGCAAAGGUUUUGACCUCUGAUGCUUUCUGGAAAUGAAAGAAUCCCAGGGUUCUUUGGGGUUGUCUUUGUACAUUUGUGUAGCCUCAGCAAAUCUGUGUAAAGUCUGUGCUGAUCUGUAAAAUACUGUGCAGAGAGCUUUUAAAGUAAUUGUAAAAUAUUAAAAGUUGAUUUAUUUCCAGUA